CUAAUUUUAUGAAAAGAACGCAGACUAAUCUGUAGUGACAGAAGGCGGUCCAGUGCUGCCCAGGAUGUAGCAGGUUUUGCAUUUGGGCUGGGUAAGGAGCACGGUUGGGAAGAGGCUCACACCGACCACCGUUUCCGCUCACUUUGUGAUCGCUGCAUCCCCCGUACUGUCACUUUUCCAAACCUUGGUCUUCCCCAAACACUUCCAUCUGCCAGUUCCACGCCGAGCUCCGCAGACAGCAUUUGCCCCGCAGUACGGACACCGAAUCUCCUCUAAGAUGGCCGCGUCCACGGUGCUCCUGCCCAACGGCGCAAACCCGAAACGGCUACAGCGCGCCGCCAGGUUUUUUUUGCCAAGCACGCUGAAGUUUUCAUACGGCCUCUAAAUCUUUUCGCAAUUAAACCAGUUAUCGAGGUGUCCAGAAGCAAUUUUAAUUUCCCACGGAGCCGAGACGUCACAGCCGUUAACAGCCGCUCAGAAUGUACGCCUGCGCCCUUUCGGUCUUGAUGGGCUCUGGCCUUUGAAAAACUGGCGCCGUUCACCGUCCACAAGCGGGCCCUGUCCAUUCAAACGAAUUUACCCCCACGUCACGUUUGCUUUGUAUGAGCUCGAGCCUCUUAAAAUCUCCCCAUUUUCCUUUAAGGGGCUGAGGUACCAGGAAACAGGAGAGCUUUCAGCCGUGGUCUCUCAGCGGCCCCCACACCUUCUGUACGUCAGGUGCGCAAAGAUGGCGACGCCAGCGCGCCGAGGCGGUGGUGGCGGCGCGGACGUAUUACCUCAUAAGGAAAAGCCGGAAACGGCCAAUCCGUUCCCCAUAGAAACGCGGUACAAACGCAGCUGACCCUUGUCGGUUGGUCUCGGGAGAGGGGGCUGGGCGAGGGGACCAGAAGUAAAAGUUUGGGGGCUAAAGUGAGGCCCUGAAGAGGUCGCUGCAGGUUCAGGAGAGAACCAGGUGCUAACAAGAGACAAGAUAUGAAUGAAGAAAGAGGAGUUUCCAGGACCUAGAUAUUGUUAUUUCUGGGGAUACUUUGGCAACUGUUAUAUCUAACUAGAAAUUUCGGUAUAACCAGAAGAGACAAAGACAGAGCCUCUACGUUGCCAGCUAUUUUCAGAGAACAGAAGAAAAUGAUCCAGGCCCAGAUGCAUCUAUAUCUCAUGUGAAAAAAUUCAGAAGGUGGUAAAAUCAGCAGUGUUAAGAAUUUGCCGCCUCUUUUAAGAAAGAAAAAGAAAAGAAUUUGCUCAACCAGGAAACCCUGUCAUUCAAGGAUGUGGCCGUGGACUUCACGUGGGAGGAGUGGCAGCUCCUGGCCCCUCCUCAGAAGGACCUGUACCGGGACGUGAUGCUGGAGAACUAUAGCAACCUGCUGUCCGUGGGGUAUCGGGUCAGCAAACCAGAUGCACUGUCCAAGUUGGAACGAGGGGAAGAACCGUGGACAAUAGAAGAUGAAAUCCACAGUCAAACCUGUCCAGAAACUGGCAAAGUUGGUAAUCAUCUGCAGGGUGACUGGGAAAAUCAAAGAAUGCUGAAAGGUAGAGAACAAUACCAGGAACAUAAUGCAUUUGGAAAUCCUGUUCCUCAAAGCAAAAGUCAUUUCUCUUUCAGGCAAAAUAAUGAUAUGUUUGAGUUCUAUAUAAAAACUUUGAAAUCACAUUUAAGUUUAGUCAGCCAGGGCCAAAGCUAUGAAAUUAAGAACUCUACUAAAUGUAACGGAGAUGGGAAAUCAUUUCUGCAUGGUAAGCAUGAAGAAUUUAAUUCUCCAGUUCAAUGCCCUGUAAGUGCAAAACCCAUCAGUAGUAAGUCCCAAAUCAUUAAGCACCAAGGAACUCACAAUGUAGAGAAAGCCCACAUAUGCGGUGAAUGUGGGAAAGCCUUUGUUAAGAAGUCUCAGCUCACUGACCAUCAGAGAGUUCAUACAGGAGAGAAACCUUAUGGAUGCAGUAUGUGUGCAAAAGUAUUCUCCCGAAAGUCCAGGCUCAAUGAACAUCAGAGAAUUCACAAGAGAGAGAAAUCCUUUAUAUGUGGUGAUUGUGCAAAAGUCUUCACCAUGAAGAGCCGUCUGAUUGAACACCAGCGAACUCACACUGGAGAGAAACCUUACAUAUGCAGUGACUGUGGAAAAGGCUUCCCAGGGAAGCGUAAUCUCAUUGUACAUCAGCGAAACCAUACUGGAGAGAAAUGCUACGUAUGUAGUGAAUGCGGAAAAGGCUUCACUGGGAAGAGCAUACUUACUAUACACCAGCGAACUCAUACAGGAGAGAAACCCUACAUCUGCAGUGAAUGUGGGAAAGGCUUUACCACAAAGCACUAUGUCAUCAUACACCAACGAAACCAUACAGGAGAGAAACCCUACAUAUGCAAUGAAUGUGGGAAAGGUUUCACCAUGAAGAGUCGUCUGAUUGAACAUCAGCGAACUCAUACAGGAGAGAAGCCAUAUGUGUGCAAUGAAUGUGGAAAAGGGUUUCCCAGGAAGAGUAAUCUGAUUGUACAUCAGAGAAAUCAUACAGUAGAGAAAUCCUACGUAUGUGAUGAAUGUGGAAAAGGCUUCACUGUGAAGAGCAUGCUCAUCAUACAUCAACGAACUCACACUGGAGAGAAACCCUACGUCUGCAGUGAAUGUGGGAAAGGCUUCCCGUUGAAGAGUCGGCUGGUUGUGCAUCAGCGAACGCAUACGGGUGAGAAACCUUAUAGAUGCAGCGAAUGUGGGAAAGGCUUCAUCGUGAAUAGUGGACUGAUGUUACAUCAGCGAACUCACACUGGAGAGAAGCCCUAUAUAUGCAAUAAAUGUGGAAAAGGUUUUGCCUUUAAGAGCAAUCUUGUGGUACAUCAGCGAACGCAUACUGGAGAGAAACCCUUUACGUGCAAUGAGUGCGGAAAAGGCUUCACAAUGAAACGCUAUCUCAUCGUACACCAGCAAAUUCAUAUGGGAGAGAGGUCCUAUAUAUGCAGCGAAUGUGGAAAAGGUUUUGUCAUGGAAACAGAGCUCAUUUUACAUCAGCAAAUUCAUACUGGAGAGAAACCUUAUGCCUGCAAUGAAUGUGGCAGAGGCUUCACUGUGAAAAGCCGUCUAGUUGUUCAUCAGCGAACUCAUACAGGAGAGAAACCUUUUGUAUGCAGUGAAUGUGGAAAAGGCUUCUCCUCAAAGAGGAAUCUCAUUGUACAUCAGAGAACUCAUAAUGGAAACAAACCUUAACAAAGCAAUGAAUAUGGUCACACCUACAGGAAGAAAAUAUGCCUUGUCCAACAUCAGAGGGUUUCACACAGGAUAAACUACCUUUAUAUGUACUGACUGUGGAAAAUCCUAUUCAUAAUUGGUAUUGGUCUCAUUACCCACCAGAAAAUUUACACAGGAGACAAACUGUAUGUAUGCAAUUAAUGUGAGAAAGCCUUCAACACAAAUUCAGCACCUGUUGUACAUCAGAGAACUCAUAAAAGAGAGAGACUCUGUGGAUUCAGCAAAUGGCGGUAACCUUUCUCUCAUCUGUCAAGCCUUGUUAAUACACACGAGAAACGUAUAGGUCAAGGUACAUAAUCCUUUGCAGUGACUCUGAACUCAUUAUAUACAAGUGAACUUGUUCAGGGUACAAACCAUGACAGUUCAGUGAACUCAUUAAACAUCAGUGUGCUCUACUUGACUAUCGUCAGUGUAGAUUAGCCUGUUGCUAGAUUUCACCCUUGGGAAACUAUGGAAUUUGCAUAGGAGUGAAAUUUAAUGAAUGCAGAGAAUGUGCUAGUGCCUUCAGUGAUAAGUUACCUCACACUAUAUGUCUAAAUUAACAUGUAGGAAAAAGCUCUGAUACAUACAAUGCAGAAAAGGCUUCAGGAAACAUUUCUAGGUAAUUAUAUGUCUGAAAAGUAUAUACUAAGAUAAAUCUUAUGAAUGGAGAAAAUAGGAAAGCCUUCUGUGGGAAUAAAAACCCUAUCUCAUCAGUGAUCAUAAUAGAUCACCAGUGAGCUCAUUCAUAGUAGCAAUAUGAUGAUCGUAGAAAUAAAACCUCAAUAGUUGCCUGAUAUGCAUGCUGGAGAAAAAUUUUCAGAUGACAAUGAAUAUGGCAGGAUUUCGGUGAUACAUUCUGCCUCAUCGCUUCUCAUGAAUUCAUACAGAAAUAGAAUGGUUUAUGAACCCACUAAAUGUGGAGUAACUUUAGCAAAAUAUCAGAGAAUACUGAAGGAAAGAAGCCUCAUGAAAAUGACAUAUACUUGAGUUUUCUCUCAGAAAUCUAAACUUAGGGCUUCCCUGGUGGCGCAGCGGUUGAGAAUCUGCCUGCCAAUGCAGGGGACACGGGUUCGAGCCCUGGUCUGGGAAGAUCCCACAUGCCGCGGAGCAACUAGGCCCGUGAGCCACAAUUACUGAGCCUGCGCAUCUGGAGCCUGUGCGCCGCAACAGGAGAGGCCGCGAUAGUGAGAGGCCCGCGCACCGCGAUGAAGAGUGGCCCCCGCUUGCCGCAACUAGAGAAAGCCCUCCCACAGAAACGAAGACCCAACACAGCCAAAAAUAAAUAUAAAUAAAUAAAAAAAAUUAAAAAAAAAAAAUCUAAACUUAUUGUACACCUGAUGUCCAUUUUGGGACACAAUACCUUGAACCAUAUUAUCAAUGAUUCCAUAAUUUUAAAGUGGGCUCCUCUAAACACUGGUUAAAUUUUAAUGUUAUAUACAAUGCAGGAGUGUUCUGUGCCCACCUCAUAUCAUUAUAUGAUUCACUCUUGCAUUUCUUAGACUCUAAAUUCAUCUCUUUCAGUCUAUGUAUUUCAAAAGGAAAAGGAAUAUAUUCAUAUAUGUAAUUCAACAUGUUUGGAUGUAUUUAUCCAAGUUUAUAAGUAGCAUUAAGUAGUUUACAAAAACACCUUAAAAAUGAUUUUUCUAAAAUUUGUUUUGAGGGCUUCCCUGGUGGUGCAGUGGUUAAGAAUCUGCCUGCCAAUGCAGGGGACACGGGUUCGAGCCCUGGUCCAGGAAGAUCCCACAUGCCGUGGAGCAACUAAGCCUGGGUGCCACAGGUCCAGAGCCUGUGCUCUAGAGCUCAUGAGCCAUAACUACUGAACCCACAUGCCACAACUACUGAAGCCCGUGUGCCUAGAGCCCGUGCUCUGCAAUAAGAGAAGCCACUGCCUACGCACCUCAACAAAGAGUAGCCCCCGCUCGCUGCAAGUAGAGAAAGCCCGCACGCAGCAACGAAGACCCAACGCAGCCAAAACUAAAGAAAUUAAAUAAAUAAAUUUUUAAAAUUUGUUUUGAAAUAGUUAUAGACUUACAAGAAAUUACAAAAUAUACAAAGUUCCCGAAUACCCUUACUCAGCUUCUUCAGUGAUAUUACCUUACAUAACCAUAAUACAUCAUCAAAACCAAUAAAAUGACAUUGGUAUAAUACUGUUAAGUAAACCAUAGACCUUAUUUGGAUUUCAAUAGUGUUUGCAUGCAUUAAUUUGUAUGAGUUUUGUUUUUUGAUAUAUAGAGUUCUAAGAAAUUUUAUCUCAUAUAUAGAUUUCUGUAAACCCCACCACAAUCGGGAUGCAGCAUUGUGCCAACACAACAUCCUCCUGCUACACUCUCCCCCAACCGUGACCCAUGG